CGCCUCUCUGCGCCCCCAGGGCAGGCGGGAGCGCAACCGACCCCUCGCCGCGGCUCAGACCUCGCCGGCGCGCGGUUGGUAGGAGGAGAGCAUUGGAGCUGUUUUCUCCUUGAUGCCAAGAUACGUCAAGCUAGGAGCACUCUCCUCUUUUCACAUUCAUCCGUCAAGAACAGGCCUGCAGGACGUGGGGACCAAGACUAGAGCUCUGCUGCUCCCUGGCCACCCCCUGCCACCCGUGAGCAUGGCCUGUGUUGGCAACUGAGCACUGCCUGCGUGGUGAGGAGCACCAGCAUGGGUGACCCCGUUGGCUGCCCACGGCCACCCUGCUGCUGAAGCUGCCCCAGAGAGGCUUGUGGGGGCUGCCCUGCCCAUGCUCACCCAGGCUGCAGGGCCAGGGGCCUGCCAAGGCUAGGAGUGGGGCCUGCCAUUCAUGGGUCUCUAGGGAUUUCCGAGAUGCCUGGGAAGACAGGCUGGGGCUGGUGGUGGGCCCGGCUGCCCCUCUGCCUGCUCCUUAGCCUUUAUGGCCCCUGGGUGCCUUCCUCCCUGGGGAAGCCCAAGGGCCACCCCCACAUGAAUUCCAUCCGCAUAGAUGGGGACAUAACACUGGGAGGCCUGUUCCCUGUGCACGGCCGGGGCUCAGAGGGCAAGGCCUGCGGAGAACUUAAGAAGGAAAAGGGCAUCCACCGGCUGGAGGCCAUGCUCUUUGCCCUGGAUCGCAUCAACAAUGACCCAGACCUGCUGCCCAACAUCACGCUGGGCGCCCGCAUUCUGGACACCUGCUCGAGGGACACCCAUGCCCUCGAGCAGUCGCUGACCUUUGUGCAGGCGCUCAUCGAGAAGGAUGGCACAGAGGUCCGCUGUGGCAGUGGCGGCCCACCCAUCAUCACCAAACCCGAACGUGUGGUGGGUGUCAUCGGUGCUUCAGGGAGCUCGGUCUCCAUCAUGGUGGCCAACAUCCUCCGCCUCUUCAAGAUCCCUCAGAUCAGCUACGCCUCCACAGCCCCCGACCUGAGCGACAACAGCCGCUACGACUUCUUCUCCCGAGUGGUCCCCUCGGACACGUACCAGGCCCAGGCCAUGGUGGACAUCGUCCGUGCCCUCAAGUGGAACUACGUGUCCACGCUGGCCUCGGAAGGCAGCUACGGCGAGAGCGGUGUGGAGGCCUUCAUCCAGAAGUCCCGGGAGGACGGGGGUGUGUGCAUCGCUCAGUCAGUGAAGAUACCUCGGGAGCCCAAGCCUGGGGAGUUUGACAAGAUCAUCCGACGCCUCCUAGAGACCUCAAAUGCCAGGGCCGUCAUCAUCUUUGCCAACGAGGAUGACAUCAGGCGUGUGCUGGAGGCAGCACGGAAGGCUAACCAGACAGGCCACUUCUUCUGGAUGGGCUCGGAUAGCUGGGGCUCCAAGAGCGCACCGGUGCUGCACCUGGAGGAGGUGGCGGAGGGCGCUGUCACCAUCCUCCCCAAGAGGAUGUCUGUGCGAGGCUUCGACCGCUACUUCUCCAGCCGCACGCUGGACAACAACCGGCGUAACAUCUGGUUUGCCGAGUUCUGGGAGGACAACUUCCACUGCAAGCUGAGCCGUCACGCGCUCAAGAAGGGCAGCCACGUCAAGAAGUGCACCAACCGAGAGCGCAUUGGGCAGGACUCGGCGUAUGAGCAGGAGGGGAAGGUGCAGUUUGUGAUUGAUGCUGUGUACGCCAUGGGCCACGCGCUGCACGCCAUGCACCGUGACCUGUGUCCGGGGCGCGUGGGGCUCUGCCCACGCAUGGACCCUGUGGACGGCACCCAGCUGCUCAAGUACAUCCGCAACGUCAACUUCUCAGGCAUUGCGGGGAACCCUGUGACUUUCAAUGAGAAUGGAGAUGCCCCCGGGCGCUACGACAUCUACCAGUACCAGCUGCGCAAUGGCUCCGCUGAGUACAAGGUCAUCGGCUCCUGGACCGACCACCUGCACCUCAGAAUAGAGCGGAUGCACUGGCCGGGGAGCGGGCAGCAGCUGCCCCGCUCCAUCUGCAGCCUGCCCUGCCAGCCAGGUGAGCGGAAGAAGACUGUGAAGGGCAUACCCUGCUGCUGGCACUGUGAGCCCUGCACGGGGUACCAGUACCAGGUGGACCGCUACACCUGUAAGACCUGCCCGUACGACAUGCGGCCCACGGAGAACCGCACGGGCUGCCGGCCCAUCCCCAUCAUCAAGCUAGAGUGGGACUCGCCUUGGGCAGUGCUGCCCCUCUUCCUGGCCGUGGUGGGCAUCGCCGCCACACUCUUUGUGGUGGUGACCUUCGUGCGCUACAAUGACACGCCCAUCGUCAAGGCCUCAGGCCGUGAGCUGAGCUACGUGCUGCUGGCUGGCAUCUUCCUGUGCUAUGCCACCACCUUCCUCAUGAUUGCUGAGCCUGACCUGGGCACCUGCUCUCUGCGCCGGAUCUUCCUGGGGCUGGGCAUGAGCAUUAGCUACGCGGCCCUGCUCACCAAGACCAACCGCAUCUACCGCAUCUUCGAGCAGGGCAAGCGCUCGGUCAGCGCCCCGCGCUUCAUCAGCCCCGCCUCGCAGCUGGCCAUCACCUUCAGCCUCAUCUCCCUGCAGCUGCUUGGCAUCUGCGUGUGGUUCGUCGUGGACCCCUCCCACUCAGUGGUGGACUUCCAGGACCAGCGGACGCUCGACCCCCGCUUUGCCCGGGGCGUGCUCAAGUGUGACAUCUCCGACCUGUCGCUCAUCUGCCUGCUGGGCUACAGCAUGCUGCUCAUGGUCACUUGCACCGUGUACGCCAUCAAGACGCGUGGCGUUCCCGAGACGUUCAAUGAGGCCAAGCCCAUCGGCUUCACCAUGUAUACCACCUGCAUCGUCUGGCUGGCUUUCAUCCCCAUCUUCUUUGGCACCUCGCAGUCGGCAGACAAGCUGUACAUCCAGACAACAACGCUGACGGUCUCGGUGAGUCUGAGCGCCUCAGUGUCCCUGGGGAUGCUCUACAUGCCCAAGGUCUACAUCAUCCUCUUCCAUCCGGAGCAGAACGUGCCCAAGCGCAAGCGCAGCCUCAAAGCCGUUGUCACUGCCGCCACCAUGUCCAAUAAGUUCACACAGAAGGGCAGCUUCCGGCCCAAUGGUGAGGCCAAGUCUGAGCUCUGCGAGAACCUGGAAACCCCAGCACGGCUACUGCGUGUCGAGUGACCGGUUUCUGCAGAUCUAGGCACAGUUGCAGCUGAGGCCCAGAGAGGGUGAGUGACUCUCCUGAGGUCACACAGCAAGGUGGUGGCUGGCCGGCCAGCCCCACACGGUGUUUUUUCCCUUGACGCUGACUUCACAUGGCCUCUCUAGCUCUGGGUCUCCAUUCUCUGGGCAGAGCAGCAUACCUGGCUUCUGGCAUGCCCCCUUCACUGACAUCCUGAUGACUCUGUGUUGGGCACCCCCCCAUCUUUUGCCAAAUAACCUCUGGUUCUUUUCAGUCUUUCUCCUCCUCCCAGAACACCAGCUUCCCUGGGGCCUACAGCCCUUGGACAUCCUGCAGGGCCACACAGGACCUCCACUCUGAGAUGGGAGGGGACAUUGUCCCCCCAGGACUCCCCACCUCUGGUCUUCAGUGCCUAGAUCUGCAGAAACCCCAAGUGCGGCCCCUAGCCCAGCCCUGUGUCCUGAACCGGGACCCCUCACUACUCCCCACCCCACACUCCUGACUUGCCAACUUGUUUUCCUCGUUCCUGAUUCCGUCCCUCAUGCCUUACUCUGCUGGUGCAGGAGCAGGUGUGUCAAAUGGACUCCCCUCUCUCGGGCUCAUCAGAGUGGGACAUUAACCCUUCAGGGACCCUGGGCAGCUAAGUAGAGCUAACACCCUGACCCCAAGGGCCAGGGAUAACCAGAGUGCAGGACCUUGCCGGACAGCUGUGAUAGACAUUGUUUCUUCUGCCUCUGUUCAGAUUGGUCACAUGGGGACAGGGUACAAUUGCCACCCCUUCCCACCCCACCCCCCUACCAGACAAGGAGGGGAGUGGAGGCUUGGCGACGGGCCGUGCCAUGUUCCCAGGCCCCUGCUUCCUGCAGGGGAAGGGUGAGAGCUGCUACGGGAGCCAGAGGCCCCUCGCCCCCACUGUCCCUUAGCUCGACGACAGCAGAGGCUGUAGAGGUGUUGGGUGAGAGCCAGGUGAUUAAUUCUGGGGGGGGGGCGUGAGCAGGAAGAGUGGGGAGAUGUCACUCCUGUGGAGCAGGGACAUUUUUCACUCUGUCACUGGCAGGCCACGUAUCUUUAAACAAACAACAGAAUAAAUAAUUCAGGGGCCUGACUGCGGGCAGAUUGGGCACAGAGACACGGGGCAACAAAUGGGGGCUGUCAGCUCAUGCUCGCCACUGCCCAGCUAAUUGUUAUCUGAGGUGGCAAGGACUGAAAACCAGCAGCAACAGCCUGUUGUCGGCAAGGGAUGGUUUUGGGGACCUUCGCGCAUACCCCUCACCUGGUCCCUCCCUUCACACCGAGGGUGCCCCUGGAGCGUCGCUCUCCCCACCCUGUCCUCAUCGCUGUAGUUAUUUCAGCCCUGUCCCUUUGCAGGGUUUAAAGAGGAUUUCCAUCCACCCUGUGGCUGAGAGCCAGCCAAGGGCUUAUUAUCCCAUUUUACUGAUGAGACACUUGAAGCUCUGAGAGGUUCAAGUUGUUGGAAGGGCUGCUUGGCAGGUGCUGAGGUGCCCUGUCCUGGGGAGGGCAGGACUUGACCCAAAGUCUCCUGACUCCUGGCCAGAGCGCUUCCCUUUGAGCCUCACAAGUUAGCUCCCAGGGGCCCGGGCACACUCACUGCUCCCACUUUCCAGAUGGUGAGACCGAAGCUCCGCUGAAGGACUCUGGGGCGCCCGGCUUGUAGCUGAGGGCCGAAUGUGCUUCCAGGUUCUGGACCCCAAGGACUGGAUUUUCUAUUGGAGACGGUCUCAGAGGGACAGCAGGGCCCAACUGUCCCACACCUCCCCGCCACCUUCUCUCCUCUCACCCGCCUCAGUGCCCCUGCGGCCGCCCUCGGGCGCCCAUCUCCCUACAGUUGGUGGUUUUGCUGCUGUAGUCUUCCUUCACCUCUGAGCCAUGGCUGCAGACGGGUUUACAGGUUUGGAAACUCAAUUUUAUCAGUUCACCCAGGGGGUGAUGGACCCCAGGGGAACUGAUUCUCAUCAGCCUGGCCUGCGGCUUGUGAUUCACAGAGCCAACUGCCGGCUCAUUUUCUGACAGUGCUGAUAGAGCAGGGCAGAGAAGGGGCUGGGGGAGCUCCUCUGGAAAAGCAGUCUGGGCCAAAGGGCCACCGCUCUCAUGUUAUAGGUAGCAAAACUGAGGCCCAGCAGGGUGGAGGAUAGAGCUGCCGGAAGUCACAGAGGGAGGGAGUUAGAGGCUCCUGUCCCUAGAGCACCGAUCUGUGCACCCUGGCACCUUGCUCUCAGCACCUCUGGCCUCCUGACCCCUCCCUUUCCCCAAGUACGCCCAGCCAGGCACCUCAUGGGUGCUGUCCAUGGUCCUUCUUCCCUCAUACUCAGCCGGCACCUUGGAGGCACAUGGGUGAUUUUAGACAAGAAGGUGGCAAGUCUCGGCAUACUAUAAGGUGCUGUGUUCUUCCCCUCUUCCUGAGGUCGUGGGCCCUGUUUCCUUCCUUUAGCACCUGUCUGGGUGGCACCUAAAACUGGAAACUUCCCAGCUACUGCCCAGGCAAGUGAUUGUUCGUGUUCUGCUUGAAUAUUUCCACUACCACCUGCUCUACUCAGCUCUGGCCAGGGGAAAGUUCUUCCUUUAGUCCACCUGCCCUCCACUCCUCAUGCCUCCCCACUGGUCCUACGGUGCGGUCCUCUUCUCGACCCUCCCCCAACAAGUUUGCUUCUUGCCACACUUGAUGGCCCUCUGAGACUUGGACCCAGCAAUCUGGCCUGUGUCAGUGGGCUUCCGGCUACACUGGUGUGGUAGGUGGGCAGGAAUGGGGACCCAGGUUUCUUCCAUCUUGCUCCAUCAGCCCCCAGAGGGCUGUGUGCGCUGAGGCUGUUUGCUCUCAGUGUCUGCUCUGCCCAUGGAAGGCAGAAGAGAGGAAGUACAGGAGAAACCAUCUGUUUUAAUCAAAUGACAUGCAAGUCACACCCAGCCCUUACACAAAUCUCAUUAGCAGGGAUGCCGUCAAGCAGGGAGCUCAGGAAAUGUAGUCUUAACUUGGCAGUCAUGGGCCCAGCAAAAACGGGGUAGAAAGGACUGGGGGGGUGCUGUGUGCAGCCCACUGCACUGCUGCCCUCAAUUCCUCUGCCCCAGGCCAGAUGCCCUGGCCACACACUCAUUUCCUGAGCUGACAGGACCCUGAUGGGGUGUCAGGGCAGCUUUGCAAACAAGGGCCCCAUGAUUGUCUCCCAUCGCAACUCCUCUGGGCCCCACCACCCCUCUCUCCCAGGCCAUGGAGGGAGACCCUGGAUCCUGACAGGACAAAACCAAGGACCUGGCCAGGGUCCUCACCCCUCUGGCCCCAGUCCUCAUUUUUCACAUGAGGGUGGCACUUACCUGGCCUCCUCACUAGGCUGCUGUCAGGUCCAAACCCUGGCUGGGCAGAGGCAGGGGGAGGCUCUUGCUGCUGGGAAGAGCUGAUGUUGUCACCCAGCUUUGAGUGGCGUGGAGAGCCCCAGGGGGCUGGGGCCGGGAAAUGGGGGAUACCCAGACAUGCAAGUCCCAGGGGUGGCUGAGCAAGGGCCAGAGUGAUGGGUGCAGAUAAGGAAGACUUGAGGCUGAGGUGAGACAGGGACACCUAGAAAUGAGAAGGGUAGCCGCACCAAGGCCCAAGGGGACCUGGAGGCCUUCCUCUUUUCCUGGGUGUGGCACGAGUUAGCCAGCUAACUGGUCAGCUAGUCAGUUUCUAGCCUCACGAGCCCCCACUGCUCUGGUUCCAUCACUUAUUUCCUCUGUCCCAGCUUGCCACUCCCUUCCCCUAGGCUGCCAGGCUAUGUCUAAUGUCUGUUCUUCGCAUGUGCUCUUCCAGAACGGGUGCUAUUGACCUGGGAACUUCUGUUGAUAAUACUUUAAGGCUAUACAAUUAUAUUACAAAUAAAAAUGAUUCUCUUCAA